UACAGGGGUUGACUUUGAUCUAUUUUUAAUUAUCUUGUGAGUUUGUUCAGCUUAGUUCAUAGUCAGUGUUUUUCUUUGUCUCAGUGAAUGAGUAAUUUAUGCAUAUGUAUAUAAUUAUUAUAACAGUUACUCAUUAUUUCUUGGAUCGUCACAGGUAGCUAUGAUCCAUUUGUACAUGUAUUCAAUUUACUUGAAAUAUUACCUGAACUGUGUGCCUUAUUUUAAGCUUUAAUUGAGUUGAAUAUCAAACUGAUUAUUGUUUUUCUUCCAUUUAAAUUUAAUUUUCUUGUAUUUUUUAUUUCUUUUUAUAUGUACCAUAUGUAUAUAUGCAUUUAUGUUAUUGUUGAAUUAAAAAAAAAAAAAAAAAAAAAAAAAAAAAGAUGAAACCAAACAUGAAGUCAAACAUGUUAUCUACUUGCAACACAUGUGUGACACCCCUAGCUUUUAAGCACGUGGACACAGCCGAGUUCAGGAAACGAUGUCAAAGAUAAGUACAGAGCAUGUUAUGUUAUGAAGAAUCUACAGACUCUAAAUUUGUUGCCAAUUUUGGCUCUGACAAGUUUGUUUGUCAAGAUAAGUGGAACGACCUCCCUUCACCCCGUGCUGACUGGUCCUGAAAUGGUCUACCUCGGCUCGAGGGUGGCUUUCCGGUGUAUUGCACUUAAUUCCUCUCCUCCAGUCACCUAUGACCUGAUAGGGGACGGCGGUGUCCUGAUCGCCACAUACACUGAUUACGAAGGGGACCAACUUGCACCAUUCUUCAUGAAGGCAAGUGCAACACUGGAGGGGUCAUACCACUGUAAGGCAACGGCAGGAGGAAGAACAGGAGUCAGCAAAACCAUCAAGCUAAGUGUAGUCAUUCCACCAUCAAUCACCAUAGUGACUUCUGAACCCUCACCCCCAGUCGUAUACGAAGGGUCACGCAUUGUCCUGAGCUGCAACGUCAAAAAGGGCACCCACCUUUUCUACACCUGGGUUUUCAACAGGAAGGAACUCACAUCUUCAACCACUCCAUUCUUUAACUUCACUGGCAACAAGUUAGUGAUUGGGAAGGUGACUCCAGAACAUGCUGGGUCCUAUUAUUGCAUGGCUUGGUCCAUGGUGAAGGACAUCAGGAGGUUUUCCAGCAGCACGGAGGUUCAGGUGAUUGUCAAAGUCUACGCUUCAAAACCAUACAUCUCUCUGUCCAUCUUCAAAGAAGGAGCUAGUUACCGUGGGAACGUUACCUGCUGGUCAACAAGAGGGAGUCCUCCGGUCAACUUCUCUCUUUUAGUAGAUGACAUAGAAGUGGGAUCUGUCACAGUACCUGAAUCCCUCGCUGCCUGGUUUUCUGUCAGUGUGGUGCCGGAGCUGGACAUGGGCAUGGCUCGAUGUCGGGUGAAUACUGAGGUGCAGGAGUUGAUGAGUGAGCCUAUGAGUCUGGAACUGGUCCCAGUUGGAGGUGAUGUGAAAGUAGAGGUUCAGUAUCUCUUCUCUCCUUACUCCUUACUGGCAGCAGCCAGAUUGAGAUGUCAUAUCGGCAGAGGAACUUUUCCUUAUGUCUCCUGGUUCUUGAACGACACUGUCCUUCUCCCUGAGACACAUUUGGAUGUCAUUAUUCAUCCUAUCCAGCCUUACUACAUAUUAGCUGAUCGUAGACGAACCCUCAUUCUGAUCAAGCUUGACCCUGAGGUGUCUGGGUAUUACCGGUGCAGGGUCAGCAACAGCUACGAUGUCUCUGGAGAGUGGGUGGAGAGUGCAGCAGUGCCGGUCCAAAUCACAGACAGGAUCCUUAACUCCAUGCCUCCAGCAACAUCUCCCACUGAAACACCCACAAGCCUUCACAUUUCCACCACAGAGGUCAUUAGCAUAGCGUUCUGCUGCUUUGUUCUUCUGAUGCUGGCGGUGGGUGCUGCCAUUGUGUACAAGAUGUUUGACCGCAAGCAAGAUCACACCAACAUUACUGCAGCAAAUUCCAGUUCAGAUGCAUUUCCUCUGUUUACAUCCAUGUCCCAGUUGGGAGGCCAACAAAUUGAUGCUUCCUCUACAGACUGUGAUGAUCUGAAUCAGACCGUAGAGAUCACAGUAUGAAAUGAAUGAUCCUGCACCUCAUCAACAAACUGACCAUCUCAGCCAAGUUGCUUUAAAGAAACUGGUCGAGGGGUGCCCUGAUAGCUCGCCUGGUGUAGCAUGCACCUUAUUACCCCAUUUCUAAGGCCUUGCAGCAGCGGCCCAGGGUUCAAUUCUGACACUUGGCUCUUUGCUGCAUGUCAUCCUUUCUCUCUAAAGCCCAAAAAUAAUCUUAAAAAAAGAAAAAAAGAAACUGGUGGAAUAUUUCUUUAAAAUGGAUGAGAGAUUAUAUUUUUCAGCAAAACUACUGUAUACUGUGAUGUUAUUUUGCAAAUAAAAAAAUCUCUUUUCAAAUAA